AUGAGUCUGAAAGGGCCUUCAAAAUGGGGCAAGCUGCUGCGGAAGAACGACGCCUCGGAAAAGAAUUUCCACCUCAACGAGGAUGUCGUCGACUUCCUCAAACCUUCAACGGACAAGGAGCGAAUCCCCGGUGAAGGCACGCGACAGGCAGCCGCUCCACGAAUCGAUACCUCUGCCGCACAGAGAUGGCCCGAAGCUGGUGAUGUGAGGCGAGCUGCCGCCGCUUCUCCCGAGACGACACACACACCUAGAGUCAGGAGGAAGAAGAAUGUCACGGUCGCAUUCGUCAGGACACCACCAGAGAUCAUUGGAGAAGGCGGUGACGACUCGGACAUUCCAGUCGUCGAGGUGUCAAGAGCAAAGACGAGAUUGGCAAGAUCACAAACAGAGAGACGACCUCCUGCCCCUGUGCUGGACACGUCGGCGGCCGAGCGACACCGUCAGGCGGCGAACUAUCCCAUGAGCGCGCCUGCCGUCCGCAAUGUCUAUCAACGCAAGAACUCGCUGGCCGACCCUACGCAUCCUGUGAACCACCCCUUCUUUGACUCUCAACCGCAACCUCAGCCCAAUCCACCUCCCGUACCGGCACAUGCCCCUGUCGACGACACCCCUCGACCAGGCUUGUUGAAGCGUGUGCCCACCACCUUCACAAGCUCGGAUGACUUCGAGACGUCGCCUACAAGUCCUGAAGAAGUGCCGCCGCUCCCACCGCAUUUUGAGCUUCCCAUACAGACAAUCCAGCCCCCUAAGCCUUCCGUUUCUCCGCCAAUCAUCGACAAGUCCGAGCUGGCAAGCUUUCUGCAAGACUCUCCACCACAACCUCGUACCUUGCCUCCGAGGGUUGCCAAGAGGCAGAGUAUGAUUCGCGAAGAAGAAGGCAGAGUACUGCGUCGUUUGUCAAGACUGGACUAUGAUGAAGUCGCUCCCGAAGUGCUGGACCCGCGUAGACCGCCAAGUCCAAACUCUCCCCCUCGACAGACCAGAUCCCGUAGUCCACAGUUGCCCGCAAUCACCCCCACCGACUUUGGCGCUGAUCUUCCAGAAAAUGUCCGCUCUGCAUCUCCCGAGCAGGUGCCUCCUCCACCAAUUGUUCUGCCUCAUCGAACACACCCCCUUCCCGACCUUCCAGGCACCUCUGAUCAAUAUGCCAAAACAGAUGUCCCUCCAAUCACCACAAGGGACAUGCAAGCCUCUUUUUCUUCUUCGCAUUACACAAUCGACUCGACACAUUCAGCAUCAAGCUACAGGCAACGACUGCCAUCCGACUUUAUGACCUCUUCCUCACCUGCUUCUUCUGUCCGCUCUGCUUCUCUCCAGCCAAAUAGCUUCUCACGAUUGGCCCAUUCUUCGACCGGUCAUCCAUUACCUGCUCCUCCGAGCCGUAAUCCAAGUCCGAGUUACUUCUCGCAGCAAUCCCUGGUACCUCAAGCCGCAAACGUGAAUGGCCUGACUCCUGGAUUGACCCCUGGUCUUACACCCGCUCUCACUCCCGGAAUUGGCAUGACACCUUCUUAUGACGGAAACGGAAGAUCGGCGUCUGCUUUCUCGCACAGGAACAUCUCUCCCUCUGAACACGUACAAGGUACCGCCGAGCAUGACGCCCUCUUCGAUUUCGGCAUGCGCGUUGCACACAUGAGAGGUGUCUUCAGACUGACGGCCGAACGUGAGAGACCGAUCCAAAGUUGCACCCUUCGUGAGUGGCUACGUGCUGCUAUCUGGUGGCUGCACAAAGGUCGCGCAGGUCUUACAUCACAGAUUCGGAAUACUCCAAAGGGAGCAAACAAACCUGAGAUGCUCACACAGGCACAUGUGGAUGUUGCAAAGACCUGGUGGAUCCUUACCGAUGUUUUGUCAGGUGCGGAUUCGCCGCACGCCAAGGUUGACUCUCCGCAGGAUACACUCUUCCGCGACAUGGACACUGUGCGUGCGAGUUUACGUACUUUUACCCUGUCAAUGAGUCGAAACAGCGUCAUGCCUCCUCAUCAAUCUCUGAUCCAAGGCCAAGAUACGACGAUGUGGGUAGAGUACCCCAGAUUUGCAUCUGACGUCGCAUCUCUUCUUCGUGGUAGCACGAGUCAAGCUUUGAUUGCCCAAGAUGAAUUCGAGGAGGCCAAUCCUCUAGAAGCGUUGCCCCUUGGUGACACAAGAGACACAUUCUGUUAUAGUAGGAUGUUCGUCAGCGCAUCGAUUAAUACAGAGGAGGCCGAUACCGAUCGUGUUGUUUUGCCUUGCAUUCUCACUAUGGUCAGAGGCAAGUCUGAAUUCCAGACUUCUGUCGUCAUCUCAAGUCAGGCGGACCUAGUCAAUCUUGCCAUCAGACCUGGCGACGGAGGUUAUGGUAAAGGACCAACAUGGCAUGAUGUCAGCUGGAAAUCGAAAGAGCAUGGUCUCUACGUUCGGCUUCCCCGCGGCUUCACACUCAAUCUGGCAUUCCAGGAGCCAGACUUCCGUGCGCUUUGGAGCAUGAUCGAUUACACCAACAAGAUCUACGGUAGUAUGAAGCCAGAAGCGGAUGAGCGACUGAUCCAUGAGGUACAUCUGCUUGAGCUGGCUCAUACUGACUCCACCAACCCAAAUGCAUUCUCAAAAGACAAGGUCCGAUCUUGCACAGCAUUUGUCUUUGAGAAGAGACUACACGUCCGCAGUGGUUAUGGAGAGACCAAUCUACAUCGCGGAUAUCGAAUGCUCUUGAUGGCAAAUCCUAUGAACAAAUCGCUCACCAUGGCUGGCAUUCCUCUCUGUCGUACUUCACCGCUACUUUUCGAGAUGACGGGUGCGAAUGAACCGCCUGUCAUGCAUUUACAUACCCAAGACACGAAGCGGCAAUGCCGGACAACGCUAAUGUUCAAGAGUGGUCGCGAGAGACAGGACUUUUACAAUGUGCUCCAGGGCACCUCGACAAAUGAAGAUGAGCAAGUUGUCGCGAGAGUUGGACUUCGGAACAUGGUAGCGGAAGCCUCGACUGGCCAAGACACAAUCGCCGGUGCCUUCCAAGGACUCACGUGGAAGGAGGUACGUAUCAUUAGCGAGGCCAAUGCUGCGGUUGGGCAAGAUCAAGGAGACAUGACGCUUUCUCAACACUUCCGAAUGAUUGCAGUCCACGACAAUGGUGCAGUGACUGACCGGCUCAAUCUUGGUCCUGGUGAACUUUUGAUUUGUCUGCCGGCAUCAACUACACCAAGCAUGUCACUUUUACGAGCACCACAAGAAGAUUUGACGGCAUCAGUCGACAUUGGUAAAGCUCAACACGGGCGCGAAGGACUAAAGAGGCUCGUGCAGACAGCAGCGACUACACCGACGACUCGCACGUUGACAUUCCCGUCGAUGGAAGAGUUGCACACGUUCCAACGAGCACUCACACGAUACACGGUCAAGUUUGACGGAGCAGCAACACUGUUCGCCAUCUCAAGACGCAGAAUGGUUGUGCCAAUUUACAAGAAAUGGGAGGCGACAAAAGUCCGCAUUCAGAUCCUUACACUCGGCAACGUGACCAAGAUCGCAGCCUUCUUCGAAGACUUUAGCCAUGCGGAUGCGAUGGUGUUCCAGAUCAAGGCGGCUGAUACGUUUGAGAAAGCAAAAGGAGACAAGCCGGCCAAGUAUUGUGUCAAAUUUGUGGAUGCAAAGUUCAGUCUGCCGAAGAAAGAGAAGGGUACUGAGGGAGGUGAGGAUGAGGCAACAUCGGACUCACAGAUAUGGGGCAAGGGAGUGAGACGUAGGUUCAUCAAUCUCGAAGGAUUGGAGUAUGCAGGAGAGCAUGAUGACAUAACGAUUGGCUUUGAAACGGAAGAUGAACGCGAUCGCUUUUCCGAGGGGCUGCCGGCAGCAACAACGAACAAGGUCUUUCAGCUGAGGAGAAAGAUCUGA